AUGCGAGAGCUGGAGCGUGUGAAACUCGAAGCUGCCGAGCACAUACAUGAGGUGCAGGCGCUGCAGAAGAAACUUUGUGCUGCUGAGGACCAGCUAUCCAAGACGAAGGGCGAACGUGAGGCGACACAGUCGCUGGUGGAAGCGCUCAAAGAAGACACGAGUCGUCUGGCCGACCAGGUGGCUCAGUUUGAGCAAAAGCAGACCAUAUUAGAGAAGGAGAACGCAGCACUGACUGAAGCCAACCGCGAGCUUGAAGAGCAGCAGGAUCAAGCACGAGAGACCAAGGCUUCAAUGGAGAAGCAGCUGGAAGAAGAGCGUGCGUACUGGACAUCCAAGCUCGAGACUCUCAUCACCGACAGUGACGCAGCGAGCACCAAGACAGAGACACUGGAAGCGGAGCUACGAGAGAAGACGAAGCAAGUUGCCAAGAUGUCGGCCUCUCAGAAGUCCAUGACCUCAGAACUUAUGGAACUGCAGAAGCAAGUGAGUGGUAUGCGCGAAGAUCUGGCGAUGGCUGCUGAAGGUCUCGAAGCCCACGCCACCAAAGCGGAAGAGAACGAGCGUCGAUACAUCCACAGCGAGAAGGAGGCGACAGACUUGAAGAAGCAGCUUGAUGAAAUGCGCGAGAAACACCACGAGAACUUCGAGAUGCUGCGUCAAGAGAAGGAGAGUGAACUGGAGCGUGUGCACGCUGAGCGACGUGUUCUGAUGGCCGAGAAGGAAGAGCUUUCUCGUGAGAAAGACGACCUGCAAGCUCGCUGCAAGACGCUGGAACGUGAGUUAGACACUGCACGCAAGCACGAAGAGGAGCUGGAGGCAUCUCUGAGCGACAAGACGCUCCAAGUGGACAACUUGAGUGUGGAUCUGGCUGAGACGAAGAAAUCUUUAUCGGAUCGCAUGGCUCUGGCCACGAGAUUGCAGACGGAGAACAUGAGUAUGGCUGGGAAACUAGCAGAGCAGGUGGCGCUUAUUGAAGGCGCUCUGCGUGACGCUGCGAAUAGUAAAGCCGCGCAACAGGAGAUGGAGGCACAAGUCCGAGCAGCAAAGACUGACGUGCAACGCAUGAAACAGAGCGAGACUCAAGCUAAGCAGGACCUGGAGAACGUUCAACGCGAGAUGCAGAAGCAAGAAGAGAGUUUCCAACUCGAGCGCGAAAACGCGAAGCUGAGACUGCAAGCUGCUGUUGAGAGCGAGAAGCUCACCUUUAAACGCGAAUUAGAUCGUCUCGAGGGGGAGAGCAAACACAAGUCGAAGCUGGCUCUUCAAGCGGUGCUGGAAAAAGAGAAGGAGAUUGCGCGCUUGAGUGCACGUUUGCAUGAGUUGGAGGAGGAUGUUCGCUCCGGUGGUGCUGAUAAUCGGAAGAUCCUUGAGUUCGCCCAGUUACAAGCGAAGAGAGAGGUGGAGCAGCGAGAACAGGCAGCUCAGAUGCAGGCGUUAUCCCAGCAACUUGAGGAAGCACAGCGCGAGGUCCAAGAGCGACGGGAGGACAAGCGUCGGCAUGCGGAGGAGCUGACGGCGAUGCUGCAGAACCAGCGACGCGACGGAGUAAACAUGGAGUACCUCAAGAAUGUCGUGGUGCAGUACAUGUCCUUCCGUCCAGGCUCCUCCCAGCAGUCACGUUUAAUGCCAGUUCUCUCGACGCUACUGCAAUUCACGGCUGCCGACAUAAAGGAGAUCAAACAUGCAGCUCGCCGCGGCAACAGCUGGACGUCGUGGGGAAGCUCAGAUGCUGGACUUGACUGUAAGCCCAUCGUCAUUGGUGCUAACCAUCGCCACCCGACGUCAACUUUUACAUCACAAGACAACGGCGGUCGAAGGUCUCCUUUGGGUAGAACGGGGUCGGCCCCGGUACCUCGAGUUUCCCCACGAUCGGAGUCUCAUACAGAGGCAUCUCGAGCCUCCAGCUUCUACUUACCGAGCGGCGGACACGACGGACCUGUUGAUCCGUCAGCAGAGAGCGCUGAUUUCUAA